AUGGAUGCUGUAAAAAAAUAUGUAAUAAUUAUUAAAAUACUAUCAUUAUUGCCUCGAUUUAGUUGUUAUAUUUAUAAUGUUCAGAUAGACACAGAGCAGCAUGUUAAUUUGAUUGAUGCAAAGUUUUUAAGUUUCACCGUUGAUCCCAAAUAUCUCUUCGGUGCCAGUGACAAAUAUAACAAUAAACACUGUUUUUGCAUGGCGUCAUCAUUAACUCCUGCAUAUCUACGAAUAGCUGGACCAUCCACCUCUCAUAUAACAUUUACCAACUCUACGAUAUCCAUUCAAGACCGAACGAAUGAACCGUUAUCUAUGAGUCAUAAACAAUGGGGCAAGUUUGUACAUUGGGCUAAAAAGACCGGAUUUGACUUAGUUUUAGCUUUAAACAAUGAAAUGAAAACGGCUUCCGGUAUGUGGGAUACUAAUUCUGCUUUGAAGACAAUGACUGUGAAUGAAAAGGUCAAAGUCGGUGAUAUUUAUUGGCAACUAGGUUAUGAAUGCGCAAACCAGUCGAUCGAAGAGUACAUCAAUGAUUUGGAGACUCUCCGCGUGAUGGUGGAGACCUUCUCCCCUGCAGCAUCAGCGUCGUGGAAGGUGGUGGCGGGAGACAUCGCGCCCUGCCUACACCCGGACUCCCAGAGUGACUUCAAGGACUUUGUCACUCUCUCUAAUGAUAUGUUGGACGCAAUAUUUCUUAACGGUAAUUCAUCAGCUCAGCAACUAGAGAAGAUGUCAGAGAUGGAUCGUGUGCAGCUGCUGCGUGUACUUAGCAGAAGCGCCACACCGCUGUGGCUGACAGAGCAAGUGCUUUGGCGCGGGCAACUUCAGCGCGCGGCGGACUGGGUGGCCAGCCUGGGGUACGCUGCCAGGAAUGGGUUCUCUAUUCACUUUAGAGAACUAUUGGAAGAGGAGUUGCAUGAGCCCACAUUGAGUUUUUACAUGGCGCUCAUCUACAAGAACUUAGUGGGUGAACGUGUGCUCAACGUCAACAUGACGGUGUCUCAAGCAACUUUAUUCGCUCACUGUACAUCGCUGCGUCAGCAACCAGUGUCCGGGGCCAUCACUCUUUAUGGAGCUAACAUGGACGAUGAACCGGCGAGAUUCUCACUUAAAUUAUCUAAGAGAGAAGACGGUGGCGACAUCAUGCAGUUUAUAUUCGCUCAUGAUAGUAACGGGAACAUAGUGGUGAAUGGACGAGCUAUGUAUUUAGAAGGAGACAUUCGUCCUGUGGUCAAACGUGUUAGACCUUACAAAACACUGCUGAUUAAUCUUCCACCAAAAUCUUUUGGCUUUUGGGUGCUGGCCAAUACUAAAGUAGAGGCUUGUAUUUACAAAGAUGUCAAUAAAGAGAUAACCGAAGAUUUAUUAAUUGAUAAGGAUGAAAUAACAAUGGAGAAUGACAUUGAUAUUGAUGAUAAUUAUUAUCCUGGCGAUGUAUUAAAUAAAUUAAAAGGUAGUUUACAUUUGCAAUUUAAACCACAAGAGGAAAAUCUUGAUAAAACUGAAACAGAUUUUAAUGAAUUAACAUUGAAAACGAAGUUGUCGGAAGAUGGCGCUGUUAUUAAUAUCAGUGAGAAAGCAAAUCAGGGACUGCUCAGAUCCACGUUUGAGGAUUUAAUUAAUAUGUUAUCAGAUUUUAACAAACAAUUGAAUAGAUUUUGGAGCGUAUUUACUGUAUUGGAAUAA